UAGACGAGAAAAAGAUGUAACAAUUAAAACUAAUUGUGAAGGAGAACAUAUUGACUGUUAAUUAUUUCAAAUAUUUAUACAAUUAACUUGAUUCCCCAACUUAAUCACUUUGGUUCUCACGUCAUUAUUUCCAUAGUUAAUUGUCUUUGUCCAACUGUUACGAUGUUUUACUGGUUCAUAUUUUUAUUUUCCAGCUUCGUGGUCAUCUUCCAGCGUUGGAGAUACAACUAUUGGAGCAAAUUUGAUGUUAAUGGACCGUUUCCUGUUCCGUUUCUAGGAACAUCUUACCUUUACCUAUGGAAACCAAUUCAUGUCGUUGAAAGUGAAUUAGUCAAACAAUUUGGCUCAAUUGUCGGACUUUAUGAAGGAUCUCAACCAGUGUUGAUGGUCAGUGAUCCAGAAAUGAUUAAGGUAAUUGCUCAGAAGGAGUUUCAAUCAUUUCCUCAAAGUUUUACCUUCUCGAACUACAAACAUUCAACUGAGAACUUAUUUCCUGAACUUAUCUGGGGUUCGAGGUGGAAAUGUUCAAGAGGUCAGAUUACUCAGUGUUUUACCGUUUCCAAGUUGAGAAAAUUUUUUCCGACCUUUGAAAAAUGUACAGAAAUUUUGAUCGAUUCGUUAAACGAAGAGGUUAAAGUUCGUGAUACGAUUGAAAUGAAAACCUUUUGGUCAAAGUAUUAUUGUGAUACAAUAUUUCAAUUCUGUCUCACUUUGGAUGCUCAUAGUUAUUCAUCAAAAGAUAAUAUUAUCUUUGAGAAAAUGAUUGACCUUUCAAGACCUUUUGUUAGCUCAUACAUGAUGAAUAUGUUUCUACCUGAAUGGUUUAUCAAACUGUUUCACUUAAGUGUCCUGGAUAAAAGUUCAUUGGAUUACAUGGAGAAAUUAAUUUCACACUUAAUUGUAAUGCGUUCGUCAAGGUCAACAAUUAAUUCAACUGAUGUUCUUAAUCGAUUAUUAAUUCAAAACGAUUCAUCAUCAACCGAAACAACAACUGAUCAACAACUCACAGAAAUUGAAUUAAUCGCCUCAGUUAUUGAUCUACUUUUCAAUGGAUUUGAAACAAGUUCCUCUUUACUUUCUUGGUGCUGCUGGAGAUUAGCACUUAAUCCCGAAUGUCAAAAUCGAUUGGCUCAAGAAAUUGAUUCAAUUGGUACCUUUAACUAUGAUAACAUAUCAUCGGCACCUUAUUUGGAUGCGGUGAUUAAUGAAAGUCUCCGUAUCGAUCCUCCAGAGACUCGUAAUGAACGCGUUUGCCACUCAAGUUAUCAUCAUCUCGAGACCAAUAUUGUUAUUCCCAAGGGUGCUAAGGUGCUAAUGCCGAUCUAUUCAAUGCAUCAUGAUCCCGUUAACUUUCCUGAUCCUGAAACAUUUAAUCCCGAUCGUUUUUUACCCGAAAAUCGUGAAUCAAUUCAACCUUUUACCUUUAUACCCUUUGGUACAGGUUAUCGUGCAUGUAUUGGUAUUAAAUAUGCUUUAAUUGUUUCAAAAUUGGCUCUUGCAAAGUUGAUUAAAUCUUAUCGAUUAAUUGUUACUCCAUCAACCACAAUUAAUGUUGAUUACGAUUGGGGAUCAAUUUUACUUUGUGCUAAGGAGAUUAAUGUUGGCAUUGAAAAACGAUAACAAUCAAUGAUUAGAAAAAUAAUCAACAGCCUAAUUAAUUAUUCUUACAUUUAACUGAUUGUUUAACAAUUUGAUAUCCAACCCAUUUAUUAAUACAUAAUACAAAAUAAUCUAACAAAAGAAAACAAUUUAAUUGAUUGUUUAAUAUUUGAUCAACUUUACGUUCUAAAUUGAAUAACAAACUUUGUUGAUUCUAAUCAAUAUUUAUACAUAAAUGUAUAUUUACUUAUUAAAAAAUUAACAAUAGAAUGUAAAAAUUAAACAAUCAAACCCUGGAGAAACAA